AUGGAGGUGGAUCAAAAUGCCAGCAACUCAGCACCAGACAACUGUAACACAAACGCACAGCGUUUGAUCGCGGAAAACGGGGGUCGAUGUAUGAGUACGCAAGCGAUGCAAUCACUCUACGACCUUCGUCAGAACAACUUACUCUGCGACGCAGUACUUCGGCUCGAAGAUGGCGGUAUUUUUCCUAUUCAUAGAGCAAUUCUGUCCGCCUGCAGCACCUACUUUAGAGCCCUCUUCACGACGACUCUUCACUCGCGUGAAAAAACUGACGUACUUUUACCAGGGGUGAACAGUCACAUGAUGAAUUUACUGCUGGAAUAUGCUUACCUCCGUUCGUUAGAGGUAAACAGGGAUAACGUGUGUCAACUCUUGGUCACUGCGGAUUACUUGAGCAUUCUUGGAGUUCUCGAUCUCUGCUGUGACUAUCUCAGACAGAAUUUGGCACCAGAGAACUGUAUUGGCGUGAUGAGAUUCGCCAGGGAGCAUUUUUGCAAGGGAUUGGAGACCGAUGCCCACCGAUACGUAAUGCGGCACUUCGUACAGGUUGCACAGAAAAGUGAUGAAGUGCUAUUUUUACCGAUAUCCGAACUUCGCGAGCUGGUCGGAGCUGACGAGCUAAACGUCAAGAGCGAGGAAGCUGUGUGGGAGCUGGUUCUCAGGUGGAUAAACCACGACCCUGAUCCCCGAAAAGGGCACAUUGUCGAACUGAUGAAGAACAUCCGCCUCGGACUGCUAGACACCCAGUUUUUCCUCGAGAACGUCAAGGAUCAUCCGUAUGUAACCGGCAAUGAGGCCUGCAGACCCAUCAUCAUCGAGACGCUAAAGUUUCUCUACGACUUGGAGAUGAUUACGCAGAAGGACGGGGAAGUACCAACGCCAGAAAUCGCCAGGCCAAGAGUUCCGCACGAGAUAUUAUUUGCACUUGGUGGUUGGAGCGGUGGAAGCCCAACAAACUUCAUCGAAACGUACGACACCCGAGCCGAUCGUUGGGUCAAAGUCGAAGAAGUAGAUCCAACGGGUCCGAGAGCUUACCAUGGCACUGCAGUUGUCGGUUUCAAUAUCUACGUAAUCGGGGGCUUCGACGGUAUGGAUUAUUUCAACAGCUGUCGUUGUUUCAACGCUGUUAGCAAGGUGUGGCGAGAAGUUGCUCCCAUGAAUGCUAGAAGGUGCUACGUUAGCGUCGCAGUGCUGAACGAUCUCGUCUACGCAAUGGGAGGUUACGAUGGUCAUCACCGGCAGAACACAGCCGAACGGUACAAUUAUCGCAGCAAUCAGUGGUCCCUUAUCGCUCCGAUGAACGUCCAGCGAUCAGACGCGAGUGCAACGAUGCUUAAUGACAAGAUCUACAUCACCGGUGGUUUCAAUGGACAAGAGUGCAUGAAUUCGGCCGAGGUCUAUGACCCGGAAACUAAUCAGUGGACUCUUAUAUCCGCCAUGAGAUCCCGCAGAAGUGGCGUUUCAUGCAUAGCCUAUCACAGCUGUGUUUAUGUCAUUGGUGGUUUCAACGGUAUAUCCCGAAUGUGUAGCGGCGAAAAAUACAAUCCAGCUACGAACAGCUGGACUCAGAUACCCGACAUGUACAAUCCACGCAGCAAUUUCGCCAUUGAAGUUAUAGACGACAUGAUUUUUGCGAUCGGAGGCUUCAAUGGAGUCACCACUAUCUACCACGUCGAGUGUUACGAUGAACGGACGAACGAGUGGUACGAAGCAACCGACAUGAACAUUUACCGUUCGGCUUUAUCUGCUUGCGUUAUCAUGGGAUUACCGAACGUUUAUGACUAUAUCCAUAAGCAUCGUGAACGGCUGAUGGAAGAAAAGAGGCAAAAGCUACUUGCUCUGGAGGUGCAAAGAACACAACAGCAGCAACAAAAUCAGCAGAACGAGAACAAUCAAAUACCACCAGCCCCACCUCUGGCGCAAAUCGACCUUGACAAUGAUAAUCAAAUUUAA